AUGACUGGUUUGUUGAUACCACAGAAUGGUGGUUUCUUUGGAUUCUCGAUCCAAAUGUCCGUGGUGAGCCAUGUCUGCUGGCAACCUUCCAGCCCGGUCCUCCUAGUUCCCUUCCUCAAUUGGAUGGAAAACAUUCAGCAAAUAAUUGGCUGGGUUCGGACCGACGACCUUUUCCUGGUCCGAGUAGGAGGAAAAACUCCAGAAUCAGCCGUGCUCGUCGCUACCCUCGCCAACAACUCCAUCUUCUCAAAGGACUACUCCGCAAUCUCAGGCAGGAACAACACGCCGCCACUGGACUACAUCCCGAAGAUGCUCUAUACGAUGGGAGAUAGUCUCGGCAUCGUAUCCUCCGGCCAGACCGUUCUCGGAGACUACCUAUCGGCUUUCCAAGCAGGGAGUGAACUGGAUUUGUAUACUGACCAUGGUGAGUGCGGAUAUACACUCUAUGACUAUGAUGGCGAAAUCGACGACUUCAUCACGCAAGCCGGAAGUGGCUCCUCCAUUCUCAAGACUAACGACGAUGUGUUCCCAGACUAUCUCAAUCACACCUCGGGCCAAGCAAUCGUAGCUCCCUACACCAAUAUCGCGAAUACUAUCGCCCAACCUGCAGGCAAGCCUUUCAUCAUGUUCGAGACCAGUACGACAUCAUGUGAAGAUUUUACGUGUGUUAGCAACACACUUGAUUACGCUAUGACGAUAGUCUACUCAAACUUCACGGGACCGCUUUUCCACGCUGGUGGACAGAACGCGUACUAUAACCUUUUCAAGCCACCUCCAACGAACCAGUCCUCGUUCAAGCAAUGGUCUGUUGGUGCGACGUAUUACUCCGCGCUCGUCAUGGUCGAGGUUCUUGGUCCGAGCAAUGCUUCCGAGCUCAUUGAUCUGGGGGCAAACGACAGCAGCAUCUACACGCCUGGAUACGCGAUUUACGAGAACGGCACGCCGACGAAGCUCGCGCUUUUCAACUACAUCACAGGCAGUUCUGGUGCGUCGGAAUACACGGCCACCGUCGCGAUCGGGGGAAGUGGGGCUGGUCAAGAUAAUCCACCACCAAGCUCUGUCAGGGUCAAGCACGUACGGUCUUCCUCCGUUGCCGAUAUCCAGGACUUCACUUGGGCUGGCCAGACAUUCGGCGCCUCCCUCGCCUCUGACGGUCGUCUCACUGGCGAUCUCGAUGUGCAAACUGUGCAAUGCGAUACGUCUUCCAACACCUGCCAAAUCAAAAUUCCAGCCCCGUCGUUCGCGCUCGUCUUUUUGACCGACGAUGCCUACUCCUCCAUCAGCCCAACGGCCACAGAGACGUUCCCGACGACGGUGUUCAGCAAGACCGUGAACACUCUGUCCAUUGAAAUGAGCGUUCUCAAGACUUGGAAUGGUCACGUCAAGUCUUGUAUUGGUUUAAUCGUCGUUCAAUUCAACGUCGGUCUCGUCGCGCACCAUGCACCAUGGCCCUGUGUCUAA